AUGCUGACGCAGACGAGGUACUUCCCAUACUCCCGCCAAUCCAAAAAGAAAAGCCACCGCGGAUCUAUCACCGCGCGUAUGCUGGCAAACCUCCUGACAGUUGCCGGGGUCGAUCAUGUGAUAACAUUGGAUCUCCAUGCGUCCCAAAUGCAAGGCUUCUUCGCGAAGCCCGUCGAUAACCUCUUCGCUGAGCCUUUCAUUGCACGCUGGAUCCGUAACAAUGUACCUGGCUGGAGGGAAGCUGUCGUCGUGAGUAAAAAUGCUGGGGGGACCAAGCGCGUCACGUCAUUGGCGGACACACUGAAGCUCAACUUUGGCAUCGUGACAACGGACAGGCGUCGCCCCAAGCCGGUCGCGACCCUGGCUGACAGCACAGUCUUUUUCGAGGCCUUGGACCAGGACAGCACGCCACUGCCUAAAGAUCAGGAUCCUUUCGUUGUCCGGACCCUCACUGAGAGCACCAACAAUUCCCAGUCAGGGGACUCACAGCCCGAGGACCCUGCCAUUUCACUUGGUGGAUUGCGCCCCGAGACCCCAACCGGUGCCCGACGACCUUCUGAGCUGGAAGCUGUAAAUGAAUACACUGAUCUUCGGGUACGAGAUGUGAUAACCGGGCGAAUCGUACAAGGCCACCUUGUUGAUGACGACUAUCCGCCGUCAGGUCCUACAUCUAUGCCCACAUCCGGAGAUGCAACGCCUGGACUACCACUCACCCAAGACAGCGGUGAUGGCGUUCCAGACUCAAUGGCAGAUUCUAUCUUUUCGACCACCUCCUCGCUCCCCGGGGACCACGCUCUCGGCGGCUCAUUCGAUGCUGCGGAAUCUUCCGACGAAGAAGAAGGAAGCAUCGGGCGAAGCGUUGAGCUGGAGAAGACCAUCACAUUAGUUGGAGACGUUCGUGAUAGAACUGUGUUCAUUGUCGAUGACAUGAUUGACAAGUCGGGCUCGUGGAUUGCGGCGGCAGAAACCGUUGUGAAGCGAGGCGGCGCCAAGAAGGUCUACUGCAUCGCUACCCACGGACUCUUUGGAGACUCAUCCCUCGAACAAAUGGAGGCUUGCGAGUCCAUCAACUACAUUGUUGUGACUAAUACUUUCCCAAUUCCUCCGCAAGUGGCAAGGAAAUCCAAGAAAUUGAUUGUCAUUGACAUCUCAAGCCUUCUUGCAGAGAGCAUCAGACGCCAUCACUAUGGUGAAAGUGUUUCUGCGCUGUUCCACCUUAAUGACUGA